CCCCAUCUCACCUCACCCCAUCUAGACUAUUCAUUGAAUCAACCGGCAUUGCUGGUCAAUAUCAUCAUCAUUGCUCUAAUCACUCCCGCCGCAUGAUGGAAAACCCCAAUUCCAUACUCUUAUGACUCGACAUUAGCUUCACUUCCGAGUCUCGUCCUGCGGGACAUGGACUGUAGUCCACCUGGUCGCCCUCGAGUCUCCUAAUCUAACACCACCGCUGUAGCUCCCACCUCAACCUCCCUAGGCAGCCAUGGACUCGAAAUCACAAUACGAACACCUUCCUAUCCCUACCUACGAAGAAGCCACUUCCUCCCGACCAGUCUCCUCUCAAUCCAGGGUCGGACCUGAAGAAAUCAGUGAUGAUGCUGAAAGGCAAGGUCUCCUGCGCCAGGCUUCCGUCGGCAAUUACCACCCGCCCACCGUCGAGUCCGCCCGUCCUUCGAUUGACUCUCUCGAUGGCCUGGAACAGGAUUCCGAGGAAGAGCGCCGGCGGGACAUGGAACAGAUGGACAUUGAGGACCCUCUCAGCGACACCUCUUCCAAUCGCUCAUUCCUCCGAUACUAUCGCCUCUCCAAACGCAUCUCCUCCUUUCGCAACUCCUUCACCUCCAUAUCACUACCUUCCUUCCGAUCCUACCUACCUUCAUUUUCAUGGCCUCAUAUCGAUUUUCAAAGCCUCGAUUCCAACCGCGUCGUCAUCAUUGGCCGUCUGUUUGGAAUCUUUCUCAUUAUGGGUAUUCUUUACGUCCUUAUAGCCUCUGAUGUUUUGUCCUUUACCAGAAAUAGAAUGGGAAUGGGCCAGAUGUACGACCCUGAAUCCAUCCGCAUAUUUAUACAAAAUCACAUGAACGACGGCGGCAAAAUACAGAAAAACUUGCGACACAUCACCAUGUUUCCCCACGUGGCUGGAACAGAAGGGAAUUAUGUCCUGGGAGAGUGGGUCGCCGAAUUGUUCAAAUCUUCCUCCUUGGAGGAUGUACAUAUGGAAGAAUUUGACGUCUAUCUAAAUUACCCGCGAAAAGACGGCAGGAGGCUUGCAAUUGUCGAACCAGACAAUCUCAAAUGGGAGGCCAAGAUUGAGGAAACCCAGGAAGAAUCCCUCGUGUUUCAUGGCCACUCACACAGCGGUGAUGUCACAGGCCCCUUGGUGUAUGCAAACUUUGGCUCGCGUCAAGAUUUCCAGACCCUGGCAGACAAAGGCAUCUCAGUCAAGGGCGCUAUCGUUCUAGUUCGCUACUACGGCUCCCAGGGCGACCGAGCCUUGAAGGUCAAGGCCGCCGAAUUGGCCGGAGCUGCCGGUUGCAUCAUUUAUUCAGAUCCUUCCCAAGAUGGCUUCGAGCUAGGUCCAACUUUCCCUGAUGGUCGAUUUAUGCCUCCAGACGGAGUCCAGAGAGGCGCGGUCAGUCUCAUGUCUUGGGUCGUUGGUGACGUCUUGACCCCUGGCUGGGCUUCUACUCCUGAGAAUGAGAGGCGGCUACGGCCCGAAGAAAGCACUGGCCUCAACAAGAUUCCUUCCUUACCAAUCUCGUGGAACGACGCAAAGCAUCUCCUCGAAUCAAUCAGAGGCCAUGGAACCCAAAUGACCGCCACCUGGAAUGGGACGAAGAAUUUCGAGUACUGGACGGGCGAUGCCAGCUCGCCAAAAGUUAACCUGAAAAAUGUGCAAGAUGAGGAAAAGAAACAGCCCAUCUACAACGUCCUUGGCAAGCUCACGGGUUGGGAGGAGCCAAAGAGGCGCAUCAUCGUCGGUAACCAUCGCGACGCUUGGUGUACUGGUGGUGCUGAUCCAGGCAGUGGCACUGCCAUCAUGCUCGAGGUCAUCAGGAUCUUUGGCGAAUUGCGCCGUCUAGGGUGGCGGCCUCUCAGAACCAUUGAGUUUGCCUCUUGGGAUGGUGAAGAGUAUAACCUCAUCGGAUCCACCGAACACGUCGAAAAUCGGGUGGACGAACUCCGUGAUGAAGCACUCGCCUACCUCAACGUCGAUGUAGGUGUCUCAGGAUCCGACUUCCACGCCUCUGGUCCUUCAGUGUUUCAGAAGACCCUCCUACGCGUGCUUGAUCGAGUAAUAGACCCCGAAAGCGGUCUUACAAUUCAUGAAACGUGGAAGCAGCGUCACCAAGAUAUCACCGGUCUCGGUGCCGGUAGCGACUAUGUGGCCUUUCAAGAUAUUGCGGGCACCUCAUCCCUCGACAUGACAUUCAAGGGCCAACAUUAUCCCUAUCAUUCGUGCUAUGACAACUACGACUGGAUGCAGAAAUAUGGGGAUCCAGAUUUUCGGUACCACAAAGCCAUGGGCGAGAUUUGGGCGUUGCUCAUCCUUGACCUAGCCGACAAACCCAUGGUUCCCUUUGACGUCUCCGCCUACGCGUCAUCCAUCAAGCGAUACGUGGACGACCUGGCAAGAUAUGUCAAAUCAAAAGCCCAUCCCUCCAAGAGAGCGGAUCUCGACCUAGGACCGCUGCGCAAAGCCUCCGACGUGAUCACCGCUGAAGCCAACACUUUCCACGCAUGGGACCGUGUCUGGCGCGACUUUGUGUUUGGCACGGGCGGUUUUGAGUCGGCUGUAAUGGCCAAAGCUCGUCAGAAACACAAUUCGCGCAUGUCUAGGUUCGAAACGGAUCUACUCGACCUUCGCCCCGACGGCGGCUUGGUGAAUCGCACCCAGUUUAAACAUGUCCUGUUCGCCCCUCAAUUGUGGAGUGGAUACGACGAGGCCUUUUUCCCUGGCAUCCGCGAUGCUGUGGACGCGGGAGAUUGGGACGGUGCCCGUAAACAGGUCGAGCUCGUGGCUGGUAUUAUGGAAAACGCGGCCAGAAGGCUGAAUGAACCUGAUGAAGAAGAGGAUAAGGAGAAAGAGAAGGACAAAGACAAGAAGAAAGAUGGUUGAACUGAUGGGUCGAGUCAUUAGACUCUUCCUCUACAUCACGAGCUUUGUCUCAUCUUCGCCUUAUCGUGGCACAGAUGUCCAGACAGGGAACUUUUAUAACAUGUCACUUGCAACUUUGGCAACCGGGCCAUCUUUUGCUGGUUUGUUGGUCUUGAUCUCCUCAUGGCAGGCGGGCGUUCACCCAUCUUGGGGACUAGCAAAAUGAAUUCACUUCACCUACUUGCAUAUCAUUACUCAUACACCAUACUCGGCAUUUCUUCAUCCAAAACAUCUUGACCCCUUACUGAUCAUGCUGAUCAUCACAUGUGCCUGCUCCAUCCUCCUGGUCAUCACAUGUAUUUGCUCCAAACUCCCGAUCAAUGUCGCUUGUGCCCUCAGACAAUUACAGGAGCAAGUCUCCAUCAUUAAUGCCAACAUUGCUGACCCCGCAGUUCCUCUGGAGCCAUUUGAUUGCGGAAUCCAUCUCCUUCGCGCCAGCUCUCGCAUUUUGCCUCGUAUCCUCCAUACGAGUGCUCAGAUUACGUAAUGAGACCAUGAUCUCAUUGUUGUCACAAAAACGAGCCCCAUAUUGGUCGUACCAUUUCUUCAUAGUGAGUUGACAGGAAUGGACCUCCUUCUGGGCCUCAUCAAGUUUCGCUUUGACAAGUAAGACUGUCUUGACACACAAACCAGCCUCGGCUAUGUCCUCGACAGGUGGUGAGGGUGAGGGGCUGAAAAUCAGCAGGUCUGGCUCUGUGCUGGGUGCUCUUCUGGUCUUCUGACGUUUGCUGGGCUCAUCUUCUUUGACGCUCUCUGCAUCCAAUGCAGUGACAAUCUUCCAUUUGGAAGAGUCAUUCACAACAGGAUCAGUAUCAGCUGUUCUCGAAUGUGCUUGCUGUCGGUGAGGAUCUGAUUUGAAAUUUGAUAUCCAGCGUCUCUUCCUUGACCGUCUCUUCUUGGCUGUGUUAUCGCCUAUACCACUGGGACGAUAUCGAUCAGGGUAGAUAGGAUGACGCGGCUUGAACGAUUGAUUGCCAGGUUUCAAAAUCCGAAUGGCUUUUCGCUUGACAGCCCAUAUGAGAUUAAAGAGGGCCUCAUGGUGCCGGGUGUUGAAGCCAGCUUCAAAGGCUGCGUCAGCGAUUUCAAGGUCCAAGCCCACCAAGUCGAUCUCUAAAGAAGCGUCAGCUCAUGGCCAUCACUACAGGUGGUUCUCUUACCGUCUUGCCACAGUCCUGUGACUCCUGUGUGUCGAUGCUCAUACCAACAGGCAGUUCCGCGGGGACAAGUGCCAUGGCGGGACCACUGCAGACAAGUGCCUCUCUGCUCCAGUGGGCUGGCUAAGCUGCCAGCGUCGAAGUGUGCAUACUCACAAUUCAAAACACCAUUGUGGUCGAAGUUGGGACAUGAUUGACCCAGAGCCCAAUAGCGACAUGUUUGGAGCUUUUUGGAAUCGGAGUCAAAAUUGUACAUCUUGGAAGGGUUGAUCACUGAAUGAAUAUACCAAUAUGAUGAUGGGAAGCUGUUUAAGCAAAAGAGAAGAUGCUGAUAAAACAGUGGGAUGAAGAGACAUGAAUAGAUCCCGCUUAAGACGAGAACAGCAUAAGUGAGGGAGAGGAGCGUGUGUGUGCUAGUCAGAGAGAGUUGAGAAAAGUGCGAGAAAGAGAAUUGACACGCAGUUGAUGAGAUCUGGAAAGCACGGGUUUUUUUUGGUGAGGUCGUAACUGCCUUGGGUCACGAGUCAGAAACAUGUCGUGAGCAAGAGAUUGAGGAAGGAGCAGGAGGCAAUACUCAUUCCAGACUUCAAUCCAGCACUGUCGAUGAGCCUGCCCUUCACAGGUACAUGGUUGAAACGUCGUUGGCAUCGCCCUUCAUCUCCAUUCAUCCUCAUCCUUCUCUCCGUUCUCAUCCUCAAAACUCUCUCUCAUCUUGGUUGAUGAGUGUCGGGAAACAUCAUGUGAAGCUCUGACAGCCUGAAAUAUUUCAUAUACCAUACCGUCAACACAGCAUCAGAAAUGAAACACUUGGUUUGAACAGUCGGACAGCUGAUCCUUGGCCAGAUUCUCUGCUGGUGUGGAUAUAUAUGGAGACAAGAGUUUGCGAUAAACGCACAAUUUGCAGCCCCGCCAAUGCAGCAACAUCAACAUGAAUGCAAUCAAGUCUAGCUGGCCUCACACUGUCGACUGAAGUCGGACUGCAAUUGAUUCUACCCUUAUAGCCUCCACCACCAUAAUAUCGGCAGACGUUGAUUGCUUCUUUUGUUGACAUAUCUACAUGAUUGAGACGAGACCUUAGGUCCCGACGGCACGUGUUAACUUGUUUGAUACUAGAUUUCAGAUGUCCAAUAUCUCAUGAUCACUGGCUGCAUUCGAAAUCAACCAAUCCUCCUCCAUGUCACCCCAACAUCUCCUAUGCUACCGG